GAGAAAAUUAGUAAUAAAGCCAAUAAUCAGAGCAUAAAAGCUACGUCGCAUCUUUCAGUCCGUCGUUAUCUUUCAAUCUUGUUUCCUCUUUUCUCAUUUUCAUCAGAGCAGUAAAAGAAGAAGAGGAACACAGAAAGAAAAAGAAAUUAACAGAGAGAAUCGAGAGACUGUGUCCGUGUGUGAAAAUCGCAUCGAUGAGAGAUUCCUAAAGGAGUAUAGAGAGUGUAUAUGCGCGUUUGCUAUGGGUGGAAUUUCGUUAACGUUCAAUCUCUAUAUUUCUGGUUCUAAUGGUUGAUUAAUCAGGAGCUAUUCAUCCCAAAUGGAGAUUUUUACGGUUUUUUUAUUUGUGUUAUUCCGAAUCUGACUUUCGGGGAUCGUUGUAUUGGUGGGGGUUUCUAUUUUGUUAGAGAUAUAGAGCAGAAUGAACGGUGGUGGCAGUACAGAGGCUUCUGUGGAGAAGCUGCAGCCGUUGGAGUGGAAAUUUGCGCAGGUGUUUGGGGAACGUACUGCUGGUGAAGAAGUACAGGAAGUUGAUAUCAUAUCUGCUAUUGAAUUUGAUAGAACUGGCAACCAUCUUGCUACUGGAGAUCGUGGUGGCCGGGUAGUUUUAUUUGAAAGAACUGACUCGAAGGAUCAUGGUGGACAUCAGAGAGAUCUAGAGAGGAUGGAUUUUUCAAUCAAUAGGCAUCCUGAAUUCCGGUACAAAACAGAGUUUCAAAGUCAUGAACCUGAGUUUGAUUAUCUAAGGAGCUUGGAAAUUGAGGAAAAAAUCAACAAGAUCAGAUGGUGCCAGUCAGCUAAUGGUGCCUUGUUUCUUCUGUCGACUAAUGACAAAACCAUCAAGUUUUGGAAGGUCCAAGAGAAGAAGGUCAAGAAAGUAUCUGAAAUGAAUGUUGACCCUGCAAAAGCUACAGGAAAUGGCUCUAUUACGGGCUCAAGCAUGCAGACAAGCUCCAAACUGUACACUGCAAAUGGAGGAUCUUUGGAUAGGCCGUUAGGUUAUCCAAGCAAUGACUUUUCCUUGUCAACUGGGAGUGUCCCAAGUCUACAUUUGCCUGUGGUAUUGACCAGUCAUGAAACAAGCCUUCUGGCUAAAUGCCGAAGGAUAUAUGCUCAUGCCCAUGAUUACCACAUUAAUUCUAUUUCUAAUAACAGUGAUGGUGAAACUUUUAUAUCGGCUGAUGAUCUACGAAUAAACCUUUGGAAUUUGGAAAUCAGCAAUCAAAGUUUUAAUAUUGUUGAUGUGAAGCCUGGAAACAUGGAAGAUCUGACUGAGGUGAUAACUUCAGCAGAAUUUCACCCUACACAUUGUAAUAUGUUGGCCUAUAGCAGUUCAAAGGGCUCAAUCCGUUUGAUUGAUAUGCGGCAAUCUGCCCUCUGUGAUGCUCAUACAAAAUUAUUUGAGGAACAGGAGGCGCCUGGUUCCAGGUCCUUUUUCACAGAGAUAAUUGCCUCAAUCUCAGAUAUUAAGUUUGCUAAGGAUGGAAGAUAUAUACUUAGCCGUGAUUACAUGAAUCUCAAGCUGUGGGACAUAAAUAUGGAUUCUGGGCCAGUUGCAUCUUUCCAGGUUCAUGAAUAUCUGAGGCCCAAGCUGUGCGAUUUAUAUGAAAAUGAUUCCAUCUUUGACAAAUUCGAAUGUUGUCUAAGUGGAGAUGGACUAAGAAUAGCAACUGGUUCUUACAGCAAUCUGUUUCGUGUUUUUGGCUGUUCUGAGGGAAGCAAAGAAGCAACAACAUUGGAAGCCACCAAAAACCCAAUGAGGAGACAAGUUCAAACCCCAUCAAGGCCUUCUAGAUCUCUGGGCUCUCUUUCUCGUGGGUUUAGACGAGGAGCAGAUAACUCUGGAAUGGAGGCAAACGGAAAUGCUCUUGACUUCACAACAAAGUUGUUACAUCUGGCAUGGCAUCCAACAGAAAAUUCACUUGCCUGUGCUGCUUCAAAUAGCCUUUACAUGUAUUAUGCAUAAAGAUGGCCCGGGAAGAUCACGGAUUUUGGCUUUUAGCAAAACCUAUAGUUGCUACCUCCGGCAAAGGCUCAGCUGCCUUCUUUGCUAACACAGAUGUGGAAAACACACCCAUUAUCGGAGGCCAAUGUUGCUGUUGUUGAAUUAUCAAGGAAGUAUUAUGACUUUAGCUCCCAGGCAGGCAUGCCUCACUAAUUAUAUUCUUUCACAAGAAAAUAUACAGUUCUGUCGCUAUAAUUUUUUGGGUCUAGGUCAAAGAAAAAAGCAACCUUAAACAAAUGCUUUUAUGUAGUGCCCGCAAUGCUGCAAUUCCAACUUGGCAAGGGAGUUAAUGACGGGGGGGAAUGAUCAAUUCUCAUUGAUGUUUUUGGUUUAACCUUGUACCAUGAGAACGUAGGACUCGAGGGUUGUGAAAAUUUUAUCAUUAUUAUUGUUAUUUCAUAGUCUAACCAUUCUCUGUCUCCUUUUUCA